CUCGGCUGGGUGCCACUCAACAAGCUUGCAGCCAACAAUAGUUCCAGCAAACACUCAGGGGGAUGGCCCUGCCCCUUUCGCUCCCCACCAUUACAGCUCUCGUUCAUCAGAGGAACCCACAUUCCAGGCACUGAGUGCACCCACCGAUCUCCAACCUUCCCCACAAACUCUUCCUGGUCCCUGCAGCCGCCCACCGUGGGAAGUGGGUCUCCGGGGGUAUCACAGGGGCAAACAUUGAUUCAUUUCUGCAUUAAUGCUCGGUUACUAAAAAAUCCCAAAUGAGCAAAGAAGCCAUUGCACCUUGGACAUAGCUCAGAGCAAGCUCCUGGAGCACAGCCUGCAGCUUUCCCCUCAGCUAUAGUAAUGCUUCUGCAGGGUGCGUGUUCCUGGUGCAUGCAUAGCCCAAGCGUGCAGCAGGAAGCUGCAAUGGGAUGUGUACAAUGCCCUCCAACCUUUGCCUGGAUUGAACCAUGGCCAACUUCCUCCUAUUGCACCCUGGAGCUGGGCAAAGGCAGGAGAAGCUGGGCAUAGCCGUGCGCUUCCUGCAGCUCAGCAUCUCCUUCUCACUCUCCUUCCUCUCUCUCCUUCCCCCACCCUCUUCUCCAGCACAGAUGCGCUUUGGAUCAGGCUGCAAACACAUCACUUCCACCCUCCCCUGGAGGAACCUCCUGCCUCAUCUCCUGGCUCUGCUCCUCCUCCGCCCGGGAUCAGCCCAGAUCAGGAUGGUGGCACCCAGCCUCCGUGUCACUGCCAUCGUGGGACAGGACGUUGUGCUGCGCUGCCACUUGUCCCCUUGCAAGGAUGCACGGAGCUUGGACAUCAGAUGGAUCCAGGACCGGUCCUCUGGGAUAGUGCACCACUACCAAGAUGGAGAGGAUCUGGACCAGAUGGAGGAAUACAAAGGGAGGACGGAACUGCUCAGGAACGGUCUGUCUGAUGGAAACCUGGAUUUGCGCAUCACUGCCGUCACCUCAUCCGAUAGCGGCUCGUACAUCUGUGCUGUGCAGGAUGCUGAUGGCUAUGCAGAUGAGAUGGUGAACCUGGAGGUGUCAGAUCCCUGUUCCCCAGUUGUCCAUCCCUGGAUGGUGGCUCUGGCUGUGGUCGUCACACUUCUGCUUGGGUCAUUUGUCAUCAUUGUUUUUCUGCAUAGGAAGCGAGGUGAGCUGAGAGCAGAGGGGAUGGAGCGCAGGGAGGUGCUG